CCUUUCUCUUCCCUCCCUUUUCUUUUUUUCUUUCACUGAAACACAAACCAAAAACCCAAAGCCUCUUUCCAGUUUUCAUCUUCCUCCUUUUUCUCUUUUACCUGACUUUUCCACUGGUUUCAUUUUAUUCCCUCCUCUGUUUCUUCAUCCCCUUUACGCAUCAGAGAAAGAAAAAUAAAAAGAACCCAUCUUUAUUUAUUCGAUCCUUUGUUCUCUCCUAUAAUUAUCUCACUGGGUUCGCUUCAAUUGGUCCACAAAGAAAUGGGCUUUUCUGGGAAGUCUCAGCCAGCUCCUGUGGACAUAGGCUUGGAUUCUGAAACUCAAAAAUGGGUUAUCGCCGGAAUCCCAUUACGGGCUCCGUUGAAGCCGCUGUACACAAACCCCGUAGAGACAGAACGGGAUCACGGCGGCGAUGACGUGGAGGAGUGUUCGACGACCCCGACGGGUGAAGAAGCCAGAAUUCCGACGAGGCUGACGUGUCCACCUCCUCCGAGAAAGAGGAAAGCAGCUGCUUCGAAAUGUAAUUAUGGCGCUGGUGUUAGGGAGUUCUUCACUCCUCCCGACUUAGAAACUGUGUUUAUACGCCAUGUUGAAAGGGCCAAUUGACUUUGGAAUUGCAAGUUCAAAACUUUUGGCUCCGUCAAUGAUUUGUUUCUUUUCUUUCCUGAUCUUUUAGUUUUUGUUGCGUUUUUUUGUCUCUCUCCUUUUGGGUUUUCACUUUUUCAUUUUUAGUCUGCAGUCAGUCAUGAUCUUUAGGAUCUUUGUAUUGGGAAGGUAGCUAGCUAGGAGAUAAUUAUGUAUAGGUAAUUAUUAUAAAUAAAUAAAAGAUCGUCAAUCUUAGCUUUAUUGGUUAA